AUGGAUGAUAUUUUCAAAAAGAAAUCCAACGAUAUAUUCUCGAAAAAAGUCAUCUACGUAUUCGAAAACAAAUCAGACAAUGAUGUGCUAGCACCUACAAGUGGCGGCAUAGAUGUCUUUGAGGCGAGAGAUGAUAUCUUUGAAAAUCCAGGCCAUCAGGCUAACAUUUUUCCAGGAGAUAAAGAGACAGAAUAUGAUGAACCAGCAGUAAAGAAUAAACCACUUCAGACUUUCCAAGGACGUCUUCAGACAUAUGGCACCGGAAAUAUCCCUCUCAAUUAUGACUCAAUUAAUAACAACAAGGCAACUCGUGGUUAUCGAACAUACGAUUACAAGGUGCAGAACGCUGUCGAUUUGUCAAAGUUAUUCCUCCAGACCCAUAUGGCCAAUUACACAGCGUUUGACGAGACUUGUGAUUCUUCAGCUCUGCUUGGGAUGAUUGUAAAUAUUGACAUAUUUCCAGUAAAUGUACAGAGUGCUGCAAAAGACGCUAGAUCAGUUAUCAGAAAUCCUUGGGCUCAUUGUAAUUUUACAGAGUGGAAUGCAAUGAUAUACACAUUGUCACUUCAAAAGAUUGAAGAUUUCAUAUAUCUUCUAAACUUAAAUGGACCUGAUGAGAAUCAAUUCAUCGGAGAUUUAAACAAAUGGAGAACAAAUGGUACAAGUUUCUUCCAAGGUACAACUAUUGGUCUAGAAUUAGUCGAAACUAUUCGACAGGAGAUACAAGUAUUAGUGGAAUAUGCGGGUGUAAUUUGCAAAUCAUGUGACACAGAGUUUUCUAGAGUACGCUCUGAACUCACAGAAAUGAGUACUAAGUUAAGUCAGAAUGAUACAAGGAUCUCCACACUUGAAAAAUCGGUAGAGUCACAAAGGAAGACGUUAUUGGAAGUAUUUUCAGAUGCUGAUAUUCCCGAAAUUGAACGAUGGAAGCAGAACAGUAAAGAUUUUGUUAAAACUGACACAGUAACAGAUAUACUAGGUUUCCUGGAAAACCAGCAUACCUUACUUUUGAUUGGAGUAUCUGGAAUGGGAAAGACACUAGCGGCACAAAAUAUAGCAUUGCAUUUAUGCCAUGAAAAAGGGUACAGAAUUAUACCAUGUAGAAGUGUUAAAGAUAUCAAAAAGCGAUAUAAAGAUGAUAUUCGUCAAGUGUUUUUUGUAGAUGAUAUAUAUGGAAAAUAUACAGCAAACAUCAAUUAUAUUGAGAACUGGAUAAGAAUUGAGGAAUUUAUCAAUCAUAUUUUGAAUAAGGGCAACACAAAAAUAUUAGCCACUUGUCGUACUGAAAUCUUUAAACAGGAAAACGUUAAAACAGCAUUAAAAUCAUUCAAUGUACAUUUUGAUUUGGCAGUAAAGUAUUCUUCUGAAGAUAAACUGAAAAUUGCUAGGAAAUAUCUAAAAGAGAAUGACAAAUUGUUAAAGGAUAUUGUAGUAAAAGAUGAAUUCUCCCCAUUAAUGUGCUUCUUGUACUCUCAGCAUGACAACUUUGAUGUCAAUGAGUUUCUGAACAGUCCAUACAAAACGUUUUCGGAUGAAUGGGAUACAUUGAAAACUUUUGACAAAGAAAAAUUCUGUGUAUUAUUACUAUGUGUUAUACACAAUGGCACAAUCAACGAAACUAAUUUCGAUGUUUUUAUCGAUUUUGAUAAACAGGAAAAACGGAAAUUAAAAGUUAUUUUUGAUUGUUGCAAAUUAGGUCGCGACAUCUCUCGAUCCGCAAUAAAAGAAAAACUUGACGCUUGUGUUGACACUUACUUUAUAAAAGUAGAUAAUGAAUACAAAGUAAUACACGAUAAAAUGUUUGACUUUCUAUGUUGUUAUUUUGGUAAAGCAUUAAUCGCGCCAAUUAUUAAAUAUGCAGAUGAUAAAUUAAUACGUGAACGUGUACAACUAGAGUCAAUACAAAAAACACAUGGUGAGUUUACAAUUACUAUUUCGUCAACAGAUGAAAUAAUGUACAAUACUAGGCUUAGAAUGGACCUUGAAAAUGAAAAGAUACAUUGGUGUUUGAACAAUGUGCAAAUGAGAUACAAAGAAUACAGAGAUAAAUUUGUAAAUGUUGUAAAAGCCUUAGAUGACGAGGUUAAAAAGAGAAUUGUGAGCAUAAAAGACGACAAUGGGAUUACUUCCUUCCUCAUUUCAUGCUUACGAGGUUAUGACGAACUUGUUGAUCUUUUUAUUUCUUUUGGAGCUGAUGUGAAUGCCCGGAAUGGAUGGUUCACACCUUUGACAGCUGCAUGUCGGGAUGGACAUUUAGGAACGGUCGAGAUUCUUCUUAAUAAAGGAUCUGUCGUUAACCAAACGAAUAUAGACGGGGAAACACCAUUAUAUACUGCUUGCAUUUGUGGUCACUACGGGUUAGUCAAACAUCUGAUUGAGAGACAUGCUGAUAUCAACAAAAAAGAUAAAUAUGGUCGUUCCCCCUUUCAUAUUUCUUCUUUUGCUGGGUUUGAAAAAAUAGGAAGAAUUUUGUAUGAAAAAGGUGCCAACAUGAAAACUUUAAAGGAAAUGCAAUCAGAGCAGGCAGACAGAUUUCGUAUGCCUGGUUGCUUAGAAACAAGUUUUCAGAAGUAUGAACUUGACAGUUCCAGAAAUUGGAUGCAGUGUGGAUGGACACCUUUAUAUGAAGCAUGCAUGCGUGGAGAUAUUACAACUGUAAAUUCCCUUAUCAAAAGCAAUGCAAAUGUGAACAUGAAAACUGUCAAUGGCGUAACACCUUUGUUUGCGGCCAGUCAACAAGGAAAUGUUGCUUUGAUAGAUAUGUUGAUAAACGAGGGAGCGGAAAUAAAUCAAGCAUUAUGUAGUGCCGUUAAGGGAGACUAUGACGAAGCAUUUGAAAUUCUGUUGGAUAAGGGAGGAGAUUUGAACUCUAAAGGACAAGAUGGGAUGUCGCUCGUGAGAUUAGCUUGUGAACAUGGUUCAAGUAAUGUUUUUAAACUUCUAUUAGAACAAGGAGCGGAUGUUAAUGAAAAAGACAAAGAUGGAAGAUAUCUUCUGUUUGUGUCAAUGUCCAAAGGAUUCGAUGACAUUUCCGAGUGUCUAGUACUAAAAGGUACCCCUAUAGCAAGGUCACACGAAGAUAAAUUUCAAGCAUUGGCUUCUAGAUAUGAAUCAACAUGUAUAAUGGAAGAAACAACCAAUUUAUGA